GUAUCUGAGGAAGAUCACUAGCUGGACUCUCCGGCGACUACAAUCCUACUCACAGAAAAAAAACAAUCAGAUCGAAGUUUCUAAUCACCGUUUUCGCUAAAACUGAGCUUUGAUCAGGCGAAGGUUUAAAGUUUUGAAGGAAGCUCUAGGGCUUUUUUUCUAGAAGCUCUAGGGCUUUUUAGUCAGCGCAAUUAGUGAUAUCAUGAGGCAUUUGAGAAAAUGCAUGCACUCUUCUCUUGAUGAAUCAAAUCUGCCAACUGAAGUAGCAAACUGUAAUAGAUUGGUCAGUGUAGCUGUCGAUAAAUGCCUCGUUCAACUGAUCAAAAAGGUUGGAGAUGCUGGCCCAAUUCUAGAUGCAAUGGCUAUGAUGUUGGAGAAUAUCUCAGGUGUCACAGAUGUAGCAAGAACCACAAUCGCUUCUGUUUUUCGCACUGCUCAAAUUAUAGCCUCUGUACCAAAUCUGUCAUAUCAAAAUAAGGCUUUUCCCGAGGCCUUGUUCCAUCAGUUACUGAAAGCUAUGGUCCAUCCAGAUCAUAAAACACGGAUUGGCGCCCACCGUAUAUUUUCUGCUGUACUGGUACCAACCUCAGUUUGCCCCCAUCCCUCCUCAACCAUUACUGAUCUUAAGAAGGGAAUUGGUCUUCCUCGUUCUCUUUCAAGAAAUGCGUCUGUCUUUUCCUCCUCAGCAGCCCUUUUCGAGAAGCUGAGGAAGGAAAACAUUUCGUCAGUUCUAACUUCCGAUCAGAGCCAAAACGAAAUGCUUGACAGAAUAAAAUCUUCAUACAGUCAGGCGUAUAGCAGUUGGAAUCAACCGGUGAACUCGGUAGCAGAUAACUCUGUAGUUCUUUUGAACUCUGAACUGGACGCCGUUUGUAUAAGGCUAAGUAGUCACCAGAUAGGUCUUUUACUUUCAUCACUCUGGGCGCAGUCCAUAUCUCCUGCAAAUACGCCAGAAAAUUAUGAGGCGAUUGCUAACACCUACAGUCUUGUAUUGUUGUUCUCUGGUGUCAAGAAUUCAAGUCAAGAUGCUUUGAUUCGAAGUUUCCAAAUGGCACUUUCUUUGCGAGAUAUUUCUUCAAUGGAAGGAGGACCACUCCCUCCGUCCCGAAGAAGGUCACUCUUCACUCUGGCUACAUCAAUGGUUCUUUUCUCCUCAAAAGCAUUCAGUCUUUUUUCUCUGGCGGAUUUUACAAAAGUGGCACUUCAGGGACCAAUGCUUGAUCCAUUCUUGCACUUGGUUGAAGACCACAAGUUGAAGGCUAUAAAUCCAGAUCAGCUGCAGACCGUUGCGUAUGGAAGCCAAAAAGAUGAUGUUUCAGCUCUGGAUACUCUUUCAAAGAUAGCAGUCUCCACUGAGCUUAGCAGAGGAACCAUUGUGUAUGAAAUUGUCAAAAGCUUAGAAAAUAUGUGCAAUUCUGAAAUGGAGAAAAUGCAAGAGCAGUUGCUAACUGAGUUCAUGCCGGAUGAUGCAUGUCCACUUGGAACCCGCGUUUUAGAAGACACUCAGACAUCCUUUCAGGCUGACUUUGGAGAUGUUAAACACCAAAACCUUGCGGCACUCUUCUCUCACGAGGAUCAAGAAUUUGGAGAUGUCACUGAAACAGUUGCAGAUAAUAAUCCAUUAACAGUUGCUGAAGUGCCAGACCUCCUGACUGUGAAUCAAAUUCUAGAAUCUGUAGUAGAGACAACACGUCAAAGGGGUCUAAUAUCCUUCCAUAACGCAGCCGAUGCUUCAUACAAAGAAAUGACGCUUCACUGUGAGAAUCUGUUAAUGGGAAAACAGCAGAAGAUCUCGAGUCUUUUCAAUUCUCAGCUAAGACCUGAAAGUUCUGUUAACGGCUAUCCAGCACAGCAUGAUGAAGAGAUUAAGAUCCCAACUUAUCAUCAUAUGAUCAAUUUUCACACCGAGACGCAGUGCUACUCAGAACUCCAAGCAUAUAAACUACCAGCCUCAAGCCCUUACGACAACUUCCUUAAAGCUGCUGGUUGUGUUGAUCGUCUGGGGAGGAUCCAAAGCCAUGAUAUACUUUGACUCAGUAAAGAAGAACUCAAAAAACAAAAUAGGUGUACUGUACUUAGAUCAUUCCCUCUUAGAUUUUAUGUUUAUAUCUUCUAUAUUGUUUUCUCACUUAUUCUUUUAUGGAAUUCAUCAAUUGUUUCCUUUCUGGUAUGAAGGCGCCAUCUAGUUUUCACUUGGUCUUGUAAUCUAACAUUCUUUGAUUCUACAAGAAAGGCUUUGUUGAACAGUUCUUACAAUAGUGUACAUUGAUUCUUCUAU